AAUGGAAGUUGAUAGGUACCAUUCGCGUUUGCUUUUUCGGUUAACCUGGUUCUUAGUAAAACAGGCGAAAUGAAAUUCGUUUUGAUUUUUGCUUCGUUUUUCGUUUUUGCGGUGUGCCAAAAGGAGGAGGCGAAGAUCUUCAAGCGGCUAAUUCCCGCCGACGUGCUUCGCGAUUUCCCCGGCAUGUGUUUCGCAAGCACCAAGUGCGCAACGGUCGAUCCGGGCAAAUCUUGGGAGCUGACCCCCUUCUGCGGCCGUUCGACCUGCGUCCAGUCUAAGGAGAAGUCGAACGUCCUUCUGGAGCUGGUCGAAGACUGCGGUCCUCUCCCGAUCGCCAAUCCAAAAUGCAAACUCGACGAAGAGAAGACGAAUAAGACUGCCGAAUUUCCCAACUGCUGUCCGGUCUUCACCUGCGAGCCCGGCGCGGUCUUGGAGUACCCCGACAUUGCGACGGUUGAGCCAGUGAAAGAAGACGUCACCCCGAAACCGAAAGCGUAAAUCUUCCUACUUCUAAAUUAAGAGCUUAUGUAUAAUGCUAAAAUGUUAUGUGAUACUGAUUUAAGUAUAGAGUUCCCGGAGAAA